AUUGUCUACAGAGGAAUGGAAACCAAUCAGAGGUGCAGAAACUUCUGAAGAGCAUUGAGAAGAUGCUGGAGGAUAAAAGAACCCAUCACCUGCUGAAGAUUCCUGAUGAAUUAAGUCCAGCUGAAACAAUAAUCCGAAUAUAAAAUGUACUUCCUUAAGGCAAAUCUUUUUCUUUCAGUUCAUCAAAAAAUGUGGGUAAAAGGUUAUUAUUAUGAUUAAAUUAUUACAUUAAAAUUAUUAAUAGAAUUUACAUUAACAGAAUAGUAGGCAGUUUAUGGCAAAAUGAAUUUCUAUAAAAGUUCCCUUUGAUGUUGCAGAUCAAAAUUAAGAUGGAUAACAUUAAACAAACAUUUUUAAUCAGGUUCAACACAGAUUAUUAAUCACUCAACAAUCUAAACAUCUGUCAUAUGCACACAUCUGCCAUGUUUUGUAGUGUUUAAACAAUUUUUGCUUGAGUUUGCCGUUCUGAACCAAAUCCUCAUCCAAAGCAUCCAAUGUAUUGUGUGAUAUUAGCCUUUAUAGUGUGCACGGAUGCACACUAAUACACAAAUGUACCUGAAAUAGUUGACCAACCAGGGACUUCUGCAGAAGCUGCAGUCCUCUUCUAAUUCUGAUUCUUCUCUAAUAUAAAGCUGUAAGAGUACUGGUGGUCCAUACAGGAUUGAACAGUAAAGUCCUGGUUGAUGUAGAUCUCCAUCGGGAAUCAGAAAAUGCAGAUCUGUGGAAUGCCUUACUUGGCAGAGGUCACAGAAGUUACAGCUUUAUUUGACCAGUAAAAGUGGUGGGUUAAAACAUAAAACUACAAAAAUGAUUGUGCAUUUAGUUAAAAAAAACACUUCCGUUUUCUGUUCCUAAAUUCACACACAUUUUCACUUUCUACUAAAGGGCAGGGCAAUACGGAUAAAGCGUGAUUCUUAUUUGCUGUAACAAACUCUUUUAAAGUUUAGCGUGUUUUUGUGAGAUCUCCAUUGAUCUCCAUUGAUCUUCAUUGUCUGCAUUACAUUCAGAGUCAGCUCUACAGCGCCAGGAUGUUACUGCUGUUUUUUACCUUAUUCCAUUUGGACGGUGUGUUCGGUGCAGAAACAGUUGAGACAAUGGCAGUGAUGGAGGGAGAUUCUGUGACUCUAUACACAAACCUCACUGAAAUACAGAACGAUGAUACCAUACUGUGGAUGUUUGGACCUAAAGACUCCAUCAUAUCUCAUAUAACGAGAAAGCAUGACUUGACUUCAGUUUUUUUCAGCGAUGACGAGAGAUUCAGAGGAAGAUUGCAGGUGGAUCAAAAGACUGGAUCUCUCACCAUCAGAAACACCAGAAUCAGGCACUUGGGAAAAUAUAAACUCACCAUUUCUAGACAAAAGACUACCAUCAAGAUCUUUGAAGUCGCUGUUGUUGGUGUGGUUGGUGAGACGGAUGGAGUGAAGUCAUUGUCAGUGACGGAGGGAGAGUCUGUUAUUCUACACAUCGAUGUUUCUGAAAUACAGAGAGAUGAUCUAAUAGUGUGGAGGUUUGGAGAUAAAGGUGUCCUCCUGGCUACAGUCGAUGUGGAAGCUAACGGCACGUCAUUAAACGACGCUGAUGAGAGAUUUAAAGACAGACUGGCGCUGGAUCAUACCGGAUCUCUGUCCAUCAAGAAGACCAGAACUACAGACUCUGGACUUUAUGAAGUACAGAUCAGAGGCCGCGAGAGCUCGCAGCGAUUCCUGGUUUCUGUCAGUGCCGUUCCACAUUCAGGCCCAUCUCCGGGUCUUACAGCAGUGAUUGUUGUUGCUGUGCUGCUUUUGGCUGCAGUUGUAUCUUCUGUUGUGCUUUACUAUCGCCGCAAGAUCUCUGAACUAAAAAAAGAAAGGGAGAAGAAAGUGUCGGUGUCAGAUGGAGACGAAGCCCUUCUGGGUAUCGAAACUGACCUACAGGCAGGCGAUGAAGUACGAUGGUGGUAUCAUGAUGAGCACGAUCUCAUUGCUGAAUACAGUGGAGGGAACACAACUAUACAUGAUGGUUUUGAUGAAAGAUUUAGAAGCAAACUGACGCUGGAUAAUAAGACUGGAUCUCUCACCAUCAGUAACACGAUGACUGUUCACUCCGGUCUCUAUAUACUACAAAUCAGCAACCGCAGCACCACCAAGAGAAUCAAGAAGAAGUUUAUUCUUACCGUCAGAAUGAAGACAGUGCCAGUGAAGGAGGGAGAAACUGUCCCUCUAGAGAUUGAUGGUACAAUACAGAAAGACGAUGAGAUACUGUGGACAUUCGGACCCGAAAACGUUCUCGUCGUUAGAAAUCAUUCAGGAACGACUAAUAUCGGUCAGAAAUUCACGGACAGGGUGAAGCUGGACACGUCGAAUGGAUCUCUCACUGUAAACAACAUCACAGCCGCAGACUCUGGACAUUUUAAACUACAAAUCAUCAACAGCGAACAUACCAUGUUCAGAAGAUUCUGCGUGACCGUCACGGGUUUCACAGGAGAACGACCGAACGAUUCAUCGGCUUUUGAAAUUAAGUGAAAUCACAUUUUAUUGCAUGGAAGCGAGACGGAAAUGGAGAACUUUCUUCCAAACAAUCCCAAAGAUCUGAAUCGUGGGAGAAGAUACUCAAAAUGCAGAACAUCUUGGAGAUUCUCUAGAGGCCUUGGAGUUGAACUUGUAAAGAUGACGAAUGUGUGCGAAUAAACAUGAGUGUAACUGAUGAAUAUGAAGACGGUUUGGAAUUAAAUUUCUAGAAAGACAUAAAUCUUAUGUGUAAUAAAAAUAUGGUGUGUUAAAUGGCAUUGAUGCAAGUGAGAAAUGUACUGAGGCAGGCAAGCAAUGACUCAAGUAUUGUAUCAAUUAAUGCAUUUGUUCUGUAAAUUAAAUCAAAUCGAUUAAUAUAUGAUA